AUGACAGAUCGCACAGCAUCGAGCCAUCCCUCGGUGGCCCCCCAGACCUCCGUCUCACGCGACGUCGCUCCUCCGCCGACCACACCCUCGUCGGCCUCGCCCCCAGCUCUCCAGCAGGCGGCUGCGGCCACGCCCCACGUCGUCGCUCAAGAUCAGCCCGACUCGCUGGCAACCCAGAUCCAACACCACGGCCAGGUUUCUGUCAACACGACGAAUCCCGACGGUUCAAAGCAACCGGUCAAGGUCGUCGUCGAGCAGCAACGCCCCGCCCUCGCCGACCUGCCCUCCGACGCGCCCGCCGCCUGCAAGGCCGAUGCCGCAAUCUACUCUUCCGGCAAGUAG